AGUAGAAGCGGCUGUGGCGGCGGCCCAAAGCGGAGGGAAGGAGGGAGGCAGGAAGCCGGAGAGCCCGAGCCGGGGUCGCAGCGGCGCGGAGACCCCUGUGCGGCGCGGAGGGGGCGGCGGCCCCGACUCUGACCCGCGCCGGGGGGAGAGCGGUGGGCCAUGGCGGAGAUCAGCGACCUGGACCGGCAGAUCGAGCAGCUGCGGCGCUGCGAGCUCAUCAAGGAGAGCGAAGUCAAGGCCCUCUGUGCCAAGGCCAGAGAGAUCUUGGUAGAGGAGAGCAAUGUGCAGAGGGUAGACUCGCCGGUCACAGUGUGUGGCGACAUCCACGGGCAGUUCUAUGACCUGAAGGAGCUGUUCAGAGUGGGUGGCGAUGUCCCUGAGACCAACUACCUCUUCAUGGGGGACUUUGUGGACCGUGGUUUCUACAGUGUCGAAACUUUCCUCCUGCUGCUGGCACUCAAGGUUCGUUACCCUGACCGCAUCACCCUCAUCCGCGGCAACCACGAGAGCCGCCAGAUCACGCAGGUCUAUGGUUUCUACGACGAGUGUCUGCGCAAGUACGGCUCGGUGACCGUGUGGCGCUACUGCACUGAGAUCUUUGACUACCUCAGCCUGUCGGCCAUCAUCGAUGGCAAGAUCUUCUGUGUGCAUGGGGGCCUUUCCCCCUCCAUCCAGACUCUGGACCAGAUCCGGACAAUUGACCGAAAACAAGAGGUACCCCAUGACGGGCCCAUGUGUGACCUCCUGUGGUCCGACCCUGAAGAUACCACAGGCUGGGGUGUGAGCCCCCGGGGGGCCGGCUACCUGUUUGGCAGUGAUGUGGUGGCCCAGUUCAACGCAGCCAACGACAUUGACAUGAUCUGCCGUGCCCACCAGCUGGUGAUGGAAGGUUAUAAGUGGCACUUCAACGAGACCGUGCUCACCGUGUGGUCCGCACCCAACUACUGCUACCGCUGUGGGAACGUGGCAGCCAUCUUGGAGCUGGAUGAACAUCUCCAGAAAGAUUUCAUCAUCUUUGAGGCCGCUCCCCAGGAGACACGGGGCAUCCCUUCCAAGAAGCCCGUGGCUGACUACUUCCUGUGACCCCUCGGCUUGCUUCUCAGCCUCUCUGGCCCUUGGACCACUGUGACUGCCCUCUCUCUCCUCAGUUGGAGGCUGGGCGUGCUCUCCCCAGGGUGAGGACUUUAUCGGGAGAGAUUGGAGCCUCGGCCCCAGGCUCCCUUCUCCUUUCUCCCCACUCAAACCAUGAAGUUUUCAGUCUUUUUUUUUUUUUCUUUUUCUUUUGUUUGUUUUUAGAUAAAAGUUUUGAGAAAAAAAGAAGAAAAAAAUUCUAAUAAAAGAAGAAAAAUAAA